AUGCGGGUGCACCUGGGCAUGCUGGCGGGCGCGGCGGCGCUGACAGGGGCGCUCAGCUUCGUGCUCUUGGCGGCCGCCAUCGGCACGGACUUCUGGUACAUCAUUGACACCGAGCGGCUGGAGCGGGGCGGCCCGGGGGUGUGGGGCCGGGCGGGGCCCGCCAACGGCAGCCAGCUCGAACCUCUGAGCUCACACUCCGGCCUCUGGCGCACCUGCCGGGUCCAGAGUCCGUGCGUGCCGCUGAUGAACCCCUUCUGGCAGGAGAACGUGACCGUCAGCGACUCAAGCCGACAACUUCUCACCAUGCACGGGACCUUUGUGAUUCUGCUGCCGUUCAGCCUGAUCCUGAUGGUGUUUGGGGGGAUGACAGGGUUUCUGAGCUUCCUCCUCCGAGUCUCCGUCCUCCUUCUGCUCACAGGGACCCUCUUCCUCUUUGGAGCCUUGGUGACCCUGGCUGGAAUUAGCGUCUACAUCGCGUACUCGGCUGCCGCCUUCCGGGAGGCGCUGUGUCUCCUGGAGGAGAAGGCCCUCCUGGACCAGGUGGACAUCCGCUUUGGCUGGUCCCUGGCCCUGGGCUGGUUGAGCUUCAUCGCUGAGCUGCUCACCGGGGCAGCCUUUAUGGGGGCGGCCCGCGUGCUCAGCCUGAGACAGAGGCAGGACCAGGCCAUAUGA